AUGAGCUCCAAAAUUUGGAAAGCCAUCCUAAAGGACGACGUGGCAAAAUUCAAGAACAUCAUAGAAAGCGAAGGCGAUGUGAACCUAAACGCGUACAACAAGGAAGGGCUAACGCUCCUACUAUAUGGGAUCGAAAAGGGGUGCGCGGAAUGUUGCUACUACCUCGUCAGUGAGCGUAAUGUGAAUAUUUUUUUAAAAGAUAAAAAGGAGAAGGACAAUGCCCUGAUGAAGUGUAUGGUGCUUGGACAUGACAUGAUCAACGUGAGUAGAUUAUUAAUAGACAAAAAAAUUGAUGUAAAUGAAAAAAACAAAAAUGGAAAAACGAGUCUCCAUAUAGCUAGUGAGUAUAACUACGUUAAAGGGAUAGAACUGUUGAUAAAGAAUCAUGCCCAUAUUAAUGCCCUAGAUAAUGCAAAUAAUACUCCCCUAAUGUGUUCUAUUAAGAGGAGCAAAGAAGAAGCGGCCAUUUUACUCAUCGAACACGGGGCAGAUGUUAACAUAAAAGACGAGGAUAUGAAUUCCGUUUUGCACAUAUGUGCGAAGGAGCACUUAGGAAAUAUAGCCCAGAGUAUCCUACUCACACAACAGGUUGAUAUUAAAAAUUGCCUGGACAGUGAGAAUAAUUCCCCCCUACAUAUAGCAGCAAAGGAAAACCAAAAAGGUCUAUGCCACCUAUUUUUGAAGUACAAAUUUGAUGGGGGCUUAAAAAAUAAUUACAACGAAACGUAUGACGAUAUUUUAAAAAAACAUGAAGAAAAUGAUAUUUUGAAAGAGGAAGAAAAAAAAAAAAAUUAUCAGGAGAAAGAAAUCCGGAAGAGGAAGAACUACGAAGAGGCAAUGCUAAAAACAGAUGUCUCCCACUUUCUGAAGAUGCAUAACUUAGAGUCCCUCAUUCCACAUUUUUACAAACAUAAUUACCUGUACGUUGAUCAGGCCUUCCUAAACGUCAAUGAUGCUACACUGAAGAAGAUGAGCCUCAGUAAGGAAGAGCGCCACCUGUUUUACCAGGCCAUCGAUAGGCAUUACUCUCAGUUAGAGGACGAACAGAACGAGCAGGAGUUGGCUAACCGCCAGCUGCAGGAGGAGCAGCGCAGGACCAGGCGCUUGAAGUUCGUUUCUUACGUGGUGUCCCUGAUAUUUACCGCCAUCUUUAUUUAUAGCCUCGUCGUGUCCCUCCUCAAGCGGGGGCGCGUCUUCUUUUGA